AUGUCAAAACGAUUGUCAGUGUCAAAUCUUUUUGCUUUGCUGUCAGUAGAGUCGUACUGAGAGAUAUAUUAUAAGUAGGUAGUCGUUAACAACAGAAAAAAUUAAAAUGUCAGGAUUUGGUGAUAACUUUGGAACUAACGAAGAAGAUCCAGCUGCAGAAUUUUUAGCAAGGGAACAAGAUGAAUUAGCAGGUCUUGAAGAUGAAGUAAAGCCAGCUGCAAUUAUUGCUCCUGUUCUAAAUGGUGAUGAUCCAACCAAUUCUGCAAGCAGUUUUGAGAUGGUAGAGAACAGUGAACCAGAUGGUCUAGGCGAACCAAAAUUUAAUGAUAUCCAAGCUGAUUUUGAUCCUGUAAGAGAAUAUAGAGAGAGAGGAGUAUCCCCAACACCCAUUAGACAAGAAGACAGGAUUGAGCCAGAAAAGAUCAGAAUUUGGAGAGAAGAACAAAUCAAGAGGUUGGAAGAAAAAGAUAAAGAAGAAGAGCGAAAGAAACAGGAGUUGAGAGAGAUUGCAAAAAAAGAAUUAGAGGACUGGUAUAGAAAUCAUGAAGAAGCUAUUGCGAAAACAAAAGCUGCCAAUAGGAAUGCCGAAAAACAGUUUGUGGCCGAAGAUGAUGAAUUAGAACCCGGUACAGAAUGGGAAAGAAUUGCAAAAUUGUGUGAUUUUAAUCCUAAAGCUAAACAAGGAAGCAAAGAUAUUUCUCGAAUGCGUUCUAUAGUUUUACAAAUGAAACAGAAUCCUAUUCCGAUUAAGAAUAAAGCUUGAAUAUGUAAAUAAACGUAAUUCUAUAAUUCAAUUUCAAAAAUUCAAGAAGUUGUAUUGAAAUUAACAAAUAUAAGUUAUUACUUUUGAAUUUUAUAUGUACUAAUGCAAUUGUUAGAAUUAAUAUGAAUUUAAGAACAAUAAUUUAUGUAUAUCUUGAUUAAUUUAUAUGUGUUUUAAUGCAUUCUCACUUAUCUUAUAAAUGCUAUGAGGGUUAGAUUAUAUUAAGUUUUAUUCUGAAUCCGUCGCCCUUAAACUUAAGUUAUCUAUAUAUAAAAUAGAAUGGAUUGUCUAAGUAAUAGUAUGUCUUAUAGUGUAAUAAACUGUUUAAAAGUUAAAAGGAUACAUUUCAAUAUAUUAGUUGUAUUGUCUUAUGUCACCAAAUAUAUAUUCUAAUACCA